AUGCCUCGACGGUCAUCUCGGCCUAAUCCUGCGUCGCCUGAAGCGCCUGUGGCGUCAAAGCGACGCGCUUCAGCCAGACUGUCCGCCGCCGGACCGGAGGUCAAACGGGUCAAGUCAAACGUCGACCUGUCGCUCCGCCAGGCGAAGUCCACGACCAGCAAGAGCAAGUACUUCGAGCCUCAAGACUCCGACGAGCCUGACGAGCCCGACUCGGAUUCUGAUGCCUCUUCUGAGGAAUCCUCUGGCUCUGUGUACGAGGAAGCGAAGGAGGAAUCUCCCGACGAUGUGGAGCCGGAAGAACACUCCGACACCGACGAGGACGCGAAGGAAUCCAGCGCGAAGGGGAAGCAACGGCAGAGCACCAGUAGCGGAAGUGAUCCUAUGAAGGGCAAGGAACUAUGGCGUGAGGGUGUUAGAGCGGGCCUGGAGCCCGGACAAGAAGUUAUCAUCGCAAAGCCCAAGGCCCGAGACGCGGGGAAGACCCCAUACCAGGAUGAGACGCUGCACCCCAAUACUAGGCUGUUUUUGAUCGAUCUAGCUAGCAACAAUGACCGCCAGUGGUUCAAAGCGCAUGAUCCGGAUUACCGAGCGGCAAAGAAGGACUUUGAGACAUUCGUUGAUUCCCUCACGCCGAAGAUUGCAGGGGUAGACACUACCAUUCCUGAACUUCCUCCGAAGGACCUGGUAUUCCGUAUCCACAGGGAUAUUCGCUUCAGCAAGAACCCACUCCCGUACAAGACGCAUUUCUCUGCUGCUUGGUCUCGGACCGGUAAGAAGGGCCCGUACGCAGCAUACUAUGUGCACUUCCAGCCAGGCUCUUGUUUUGUUGGCUGCGGCCUGUGGAACCCGGAGUCGGAACCACUUGCACUGCUGCGAGAGGACAUCGACGAAAACUCGGCUGGCUUGAAAGAGGUACUCCGGGCGCCGGAGAUGCGUCGUGAGUUUCUGAAGGGGGCGGCCGACGAUGACGAUGCGGUUGUGAACGCUUUUACACAUCACAAUAGGGAGUCUGCUCUGAAGACCAAGCCCAAGGGUUACUCGGCAGACAACGAGAAUAUCAAAUUACUUCGAUUACGCAGUUUCACUAUUGGAAAGCCCAUUGAAGACCAUGAUCUCAAUGCUCAAGAGAAGAUUACUACUUUGGUUGGGAUUAUGGAGCCUUUCGUGACGUAUCUGAACAGUGUAGUGAUGCCCGAUCAGUGA